AAUUCAGCCUCUCAAAGAGGACAGGUAAAAGUGGCUACCAGAAUGACAACUACCUUGUUUUGUAACGUGAUAUUUCUGCUGGCAUUUGGAUUGGCUUCAGCUUUUAGCCACAGCCCUAGGACCCCUGACAGGGUUUCUGAAGCAGAUAUUCAGAGGCUCCUCCAUGGUGUUAUGGAGCAACUGGGCAUUGCCAGACCCCGGGUAGAAUAUCCAGCGCACCAGGCUAUGAACCUAGUUGGUCCACAGAGCAUUGAAGGUGGUGCACAUGAGGGUCUCCAGCACUUGGGUCCUUAUGGCAAUAUCCCAAACAUCGUGGCUGAGCUGACAGGAGAUAACGUACCAAAGGAUUUCAGUGAAGAUCAAGGAUAUCCUGACCCUCCAAAUCCCUGCCCUAUUGGAAAAACAGUUGAUGAUGGGUGUCUAGAAAACACCCCAGACACAGCAGAGUUCAGCAGGGAAUACCAGCUGCACCAACACCUUUUUGAUCCAGAGCAUGACUAUCCCAACAUGGGCAAGUGGAGUGUGAACCCAUAUCUGCAAGGACAGCGACUGGAUAAUGUUGUAGCAAAGAAGUCCGUUCCACGUUUUUCAGAUGAAGACAACGGUCCUGAAUAAGUACAAUAAAAAUGAAUGAUCAAAACUCAUGCCAUCCUCUGCUAGAUCUUAAUAUUGCUUAUAUGUAAUCAUCUAUUAAAAUCCUUGUGAAUGGCAGCAUGUUUAUUAUUUAUAUAAUUGUAGAUGAAAAACAGCUGUAUUUAUAACAGUAUGUUCUCCUAGAUAACAAAAAUAUGUUUCUGCUUUUUGUUAAGUUAUGGUAAAAGGACAUUUCUGUUAUUUUUAUUUUAGUCAUGGAGCAAACUUUAAAAAUGUUAGUCAUUUUAAUAGCUAACGUGAGGUAAAUGGUCUUAAUGAGCAGCUUGUAAAUAGGAAGAUGUAAAAAAAUGCCCGGUCUGACUCCAACAUUUAAUCUUAAAUGUUACUAUGUUUGACACAUGAAAAUUAUAGUUUUAUGUUUUGUUCACAAAUAUUGUUACUUAGCAAAGACAAAGUAUUUAUUUUACCCAGAGAAUUUUGGCUUUUGGUCCAUUUUAAUAAACAUUUAAGCAAUCUACAAAGUUUGCAAAGUGACAUUUUCCAAAAUAUUUCAGAGGCUCAUUUGUCUCGGUUAUUGCUGUGCAAAUUUAAAAAUUAAAGAACUGCUUUUUGACUCUA